GCCGAACCCCGACCCGGGGGACUCGAACCCUCCCCGGAACCGGCUGCCCCGCCUUCCCAGCCCGGGUCGCGACCCCGCCCCGGAGCGCCGCCAUGCCCGGCCCGGUGUCCGGGUCUCGAUCCCGGGUGUACGCCGACGUCAAUGCGUUCAAAUCCCGGGAUUACUGGGACUACGAGGCGCUCGUACCCAACUGGAGUAACCAGGAGGACUAUCAGCUCCUCCGCAAACUCGGCCGCGGCAAAUACAGCGAGGUGUUCGAGGCCACCAGCGUCCGCAGCGGCGAGGGCGUGGUGCUCAAGAUCCUGAAGCCCGUCAAGAAGAAGAAGAUCAAGCGCGAGAUCAAGAUACUGGAGAACCUCCGGGGCGGAACCAACAUCAUCCGGUUGGUGGACACCGUCAAGGAUCCCGUGUCCCGGACGCCGGCGCUGGUCUUCGAGCGCGUCAACAGCACCGAUUUCAAGGAGCUGUACCGGAAGCUAACGGACUUCGACGUCCGCUACUACGUGUACGAGCUGCUGAAGGCCCUGGACUACAGUCACAGCAUGGGCAUCAUGCACCGCGACGUCAAGCCCCACAACGUCCUGAUCGACCACCAGCUGCGGAAGCUGCGUCUGAUCGACUGGGGAUUGGCCGAGUUCUACCACCCCGCCCAGGAGUACAACGUCCGCGUGGCGUCCCGCUACUUCAAGGGCCCCGAGCUGCUGGUGGACUACCAGAUGUACGACUACAGCCUGGACAUGUGGAGCCUGGGCUGCAUGCUAGCUAGCAUGAUCUUCCAGAAAGAGCCGUUCUUCCACGGCCAGGACAACUACGACCAGCUCGUCCGGAUCGCUAAGGUCCUGGGGACGGACGAGCUCUUCGGCUACCUGCGCAAAUACCGCAUCGAGCUGGAGCCCCGAUUCAAGGACCUGCUGGGCCAGCAGACGCGGAAGCGCUGGGAGCAGUUCGUCCAAUCGGAGAACCGGCACCUCGUUAGCGCCGAGGCGCUGGACCUGCUGGACAGGCUGCUACGCUACGACCACCAGCAGCGGCUAACGGCCGCCGAGGCCAUGGGGCACCCGUACUUCUACCCCGUGCUGAAAGAGCAGUCGUCCCCCAGCGCAGACGGCUCCGCCCCGGCGCAGUGAGAGAGAGAGAGAGCGCGGGGCGUGUUUUUACCUCAGAUAUUUUAACACACACACACACUCUAUAUACACACACACACACACACACACACACACACACACAC